AUGAAAUCUGUCAGUCCUGAUAGAUAUGACAAACUCUUUGGUGGCGUAACUGUCUUACAUGGUGGUGACUUCCACCAGAUCUUGCCUGUUAUACGCAAAGGCUCAAGAGCAGAGAUAAUAGCAGCGUCUAUUUUUCGAUCGCACCUAUGGUCCGACUGUCAUUUAUUUAUUCUUCAGGAGAACAUGAGAUUACGUAGAGGAAAGAAUGCUGCUGAGCAACGUCGAAUAAAGGAAUUCACCAAGUGGGUACUUGAUGUAGGAGAUGGCAUAAUUCCACACCUGGAUGGAGGAUUUAGUGAAGAUGUGACCGCGACUGUACAGAUUCCAUCCGAGUACUGUAUUCAAUCUGAGUCAUCUGAUGUCAAUGUCCUGAUUGAUAUGGUGUUUCCUGAUUUGCAGCAGCGUUUUACUAAUGUUGAUUAUUUGCGCGAACGAGCCAUUCUCACUCCGACGAAUAAAGUUGUGGACCAUCUUAACAAUCUUAUUCUUGAUAAGAUAGGUGGUGAAUCACACAUGUAUCAUAGUGCUGAUUGA